CUCCUCCUCCACCGACAAACCUAGCCAGCUACUAUAUGUAUAUAUAUACGGCGCCAUCAAUAACAUCUGAUUCUUCUCAUCAACUAACAACAUACAUACAUCUCUCUCUCUCUCUCUAUCUCUGUAUAUCACUGUUCAGAAAACAUUAUCUCUGAACUGAAUUGAAGCAAGGAAGCAAGAAAAAGAAUGGUACAGCCCAACAAGUUCAGAGGUGUCAGACAACGCCAGUGGGGCUCUUGGGUUUCAGAAAUCCGCCACCCUUUGCUAAAGAAAAGGAUUUGGCUGGGGACAUUUGAGACUGCGGAGGAGGCGGCCAAAGCGUACGAUCAAGCAGCGGUGUUGAUGAACGGCCAGAAUGCCAAAACCAACUUUCCCUCUGUGAAUGACAAGGGCACCAAAGCCGUCAACGCCGGCGGCAGCGGCGACGGGAGUUGUGUAACUCCGUCCCCGCCGAUACCCGCCGACGUUCUAAGCGCGAAGCUGAAGAAAUGCUGCAAAAACCCGUCGCCUUCGAUCACGUGCCUGAGGCUCGACACCGACAGCUGCAACAUCGGGGUGUGGCAGAAGAAACCUGGUGGCGGCGGAAAGAGCGGCGGUUCGGGGUCGGUUUGGCUUACGAAAAUCGAGCUCGGGGGCAACAAAAAGAUGUUGGAAGAUCAACUUCAAAUCUUAUCGCCGUCAUCGAGUGACGGCGGCGAUGAUGGAGGUUGGUAUAAUUCUUGGGGUGGAGGUGGAUCAUCUUCAUUAUCAUCAAUGUCAUCAUCAUCUAAUGAGGCUAUUAUUGCUGAAAUGGAUGAAGAAAGUAGAGUGGCAUUGCAAAUGGUUGAAGAGCUGCUUAACUGGAAUUGAAUGAAGAUUCCAAGCAGUGUUCCUUUUCAAUUAAUGCUUUCAUGUGCCUGCAUAAAAUAAUGUAAUAUAUAUAGUAUAUACAUAUAUAUAUAUAUAUAUAUAUAUAUGUAUAAUAAUAAUAUAGAUAUAUACUAAUAAUAAUUAUAAACUAACAUAUUAUUUCAAAAGGGAACCUAGAAGUAUAUAUACCUCCUUUGAGCUUGGGAUCAUGCAUUCAAGUUGGGGAAUUGAAGCAGCUUCUUGCAAAAUUGGUUACCUAAAUGCAUGGUGAGGUCUUCUGAUCUGUCCAUCCUGUGGUUAAAUAAUGGGAAAAUAUUAUUUUUGCUAAAAAUAAAAAAUUAUUCCUCAUCAAAUAGAAUUAUUAGUUACUUUUAUUCUAGUCUGAAAGUGAAGAAUUAUUUGUUAGUUAAAGAACUAGUUAUAUAUUUAUUCUUUAUUUUUAUUUAUAAAUUUGAUGUCUUUAUUGCAAUGGAGUAACAAUUCAUUCUAGUUAGCUCCAAUAUUAUGUUGUAACUAAUAAUAAACACAAAUAAAAGACUGUGAAUAUAAAAUACUUCGUAUUAUAUUUUGUUGUAUAUUCAAAUAUAUGUUGUGAUGCCAGAAGAAUGGAGAGGGCAGUCUUCAG